CCUAGAGGCAUUUAGAGUCGAACCAGACACCCAAAUAUUUAAAACUAAGAGAUUGAGUUAGAGUUCUACCCAUCAUAAGGAGCUCUAUUUGAGGAGGGGAAUGCUUCCUUGAAAAAACUACUAACUCGGUUUUACUAGGCGAAAACUCGAUGCCUAGAUUCCUGGCCCAAUAUGAUAAAUUAUUAAGAGUUUCUUGUAACGGAGGUUUAAUUUGGGUGCCUUUUUUACCUGUGAUAUGAACAACACAGUCAUCCGCAAGCUGUCUUAGCGUGCAAUUUUGUGCCAUACAAGCAUCGAUUUCUCGGACAUAAAAGUUGUAUAGCAGGGGGCUUAAACAUGAGCCUUGGGGUAGACCCAUGUAACUAAUUCGUUCAACUUUGGUUUCUCCAUGGCUAAAAUGCAUGAUUUUUUCAGACAACAGGUUAUACAGAAAAUUGUUCAAAAUUGGUGAAAGUCCGCAAGAGUUAAGAUUACUAGAUAGCACUUCUAUGGACACCGAAUCGAAUGCCCCUUUGAUGUCCAGAAAUACUGCCCCCAUCUGCUCUUUUUGGGCAAACGCCAAUUGAAUGUCUGAUGAAAGUAAUGCUAGACAGUCGUUCGUACCCUUGCCCCUACGGAAUCCAAAUUGUGUACUUGACAACAGGUUGUUUGAUUCAACCCAUUUAUCCAGCCGAAAGAGAAUCAUUUUUUCGAGCAAUUUCCGGAGACACGAGAGCAUUGCAAUCGGCCUAUACGAGUUGUAAUCAGAAACUGGUUUUCCCGGUUUUUGGAUGGCGAUGACUUUCACUUGUCUCCAGUCAUACGGAACAAUGUUCAGCUCCAAACACUUAUUGAAUAAAUUCAACAAGCGUUUCUUAGCGGUAUCUGGCAGAUUCUUCAACAAGUUGAAUUUGAUUCUGUCCAGUCCGGGAGCUGAAUUGUUGCAAGACCAGAGCGCAAGUGAAAGUUCGACCAUCGAGAAUUGAUCCUCCGUUUCGGAACUAUUCUCUGUAUCCCGAUAGUGUUUCUGAGCUGGUGCUGCGUCCGGGCAGACCUUUUUCGCGAACUGUAUCAGCCAUCGACUUGAACUUUCUUCAGUUUCGUUCGAAGGAGUGUGAUUUCGCAUGUUUCGUGCCGUUCUCCAAAGCGUGUGCAAAGACGUUUCUCGAGAUAACCCAUCCACAAAUCGCCGCCAGUACCCCCGUUUCUUGCCCCUGAUCAAGUUCUUGAACUUGCGUUCCAAGGCCAAGUAACGUUGGAACUUCUCUGGCAAUCCGGUUCUGCGAAACUCAACAAACGCCUUGCACUUUUCUCCUCGCGCGCGUGAGCAAUCUCCAUCCCACCACGGAGUGGGAGGCCGUUUCUGUAUCGUCGAGCUUUCAUUCCGUCUGACCUGUGCUCCGAUUGCACAGUCCACAAUUGUUCCAGAAAUAAAACUGUACUCUGCCUCCGGAGACAGUUCGUCUGUUGAGUCGAUGGCUUCAAUGACAUCCGAUGCAUACUUUUUCCAAUCUAUAUUCCUUGUGAGGUCAUAAGGAAUAUUGAUUUCUUCGAGUGGACUACGACCACUGAUGAUAGAAAUAUUGAUAGGCAAAUGAUCGCUUCCCUGAGGGUCUUGGAUUACCUUCCACGUACAAUCCAAACUCAGAGAGGAAGAAGCUAAAGAAAGGUCUAAAAUACUAUGCUGUGAUUGGGAUCCAUUAAUUCGAGUCACAUCCCCAUUGUUUAAGACAGUCAUGUUGAAGUCGUCGCACAGCUCAUAAAUAAUGUUAGCACGUUCAUCAUCACGUGAGCUACCCCAGCCCACGCCAUGGGAGUUAAAAUCUCCCAGAACUAGCCGGGGUUCUGGCAGAAGUGAAAUAAUAUUCGCCAAUUGGUUCCGGCUAACGCUUGAAGAUGGCGGAAUAUAAACCGAGGCUAGACAAAGGUCUUGACCUUUUAUUCUAGCUUGGCAACUAACGACUUCAAUACCUGGAGAUGGUUGUAGUGGAAUACGAUAGAAAGAGUGGCAUUUCUUGAUCCCCAAAAGAACGCCGCCCCCUCUUUGCCCAUCACGAUCCAGGCGAAUUAUGUUGUGGCUAUGGAAGGGGAAAUCUACGUUUGGAGAGAGCCAAGUUUCGCAUAAGGCGAACACAUCACAAUUCAAAUUGUGUACCAAUAUUUUAAAUGGGUCUAAUUUUGGUAAAAUACUUCUGCAGUUCCAUUGCAAUACAGAAACAAUUUCUCUCCCCUCAUUGGAUGAAUUAUCCAUCGAAAGAAAUUGCUUCUGCGAUGAGGGUCAUUGUGAGAGCUUUCUUUUUCAAGAAUUCUCUCAAAAGGGGUACAAACAUAUUAACCAUAGUCCUCCAUCCUGCUGGUACACUGAAAAAGUCCAGGAUGAACGCAACAAUUUCCGAGAAUUUCAUCUUACCAUCAGCCGAAAAGCUGGGAAAACCAUUUGACGAUGGAUCAGAUGCAGUUUCUCUGGGAAUUGUUGCAUUCCUGUUAGCUACUGAUGGGCCUGAAUUCUGAAGGAAAGCCUGGGGUUUUGACUUCCCAGAAAGUGGAGGAAAGUCCUUCGGGGACGGAUUAAAACCCGGAGGACUUUGAAUAGGAGGGUUAGAAUUACUAUUUCCACUCUGAGGAUUUCUUUUAGUAUUAAGUUUGCUGGCAGCUACUCUGGUUUGGGUUUUAGUGAUGCGUUUCCUUUUUGGAGCCUGUGAAACAUUAUUUUUUGAAAAUGGCUCAGUUGAUGUUCCUUCACAUGGAUCCUCCCCUUCGGACUCAUGGUCACUUAGAAGGUUAAACUGAUUCUCUGAGACGAUUGGCAAAGACUUCAGAACCAUGUCUCUAUAGGACAUUUUUACACGAUUUUUCAAAGAAGUCUUGAUUUUUUCCCGGCGCGAUAUGUACUUCGGACACGCCGAGAGAGCAUGAGAUGCUUCCCCAGUGCAAUAUAAACACCUGUUUGCUGCUGGUGUUGUACACGAAGCUUCCUCAUGCUUCUCCCCGCACUUAGAGCAGCGUGCCUGAUUGCAGCAGUAGGCGGCCGUAUGAUCCAACUGCUUGCACUUCUGGCAGAACAUGACCGAAGGCACAUAAAGUCUCACAGGUAGACGAACCUUCCCGAUCGCAACGUAAUCAGGAAGUGCAGUGCCGGAAAAGGUAACCCGAAAAGAGUUCGACAGGGAAAACUUUCGUUUUUCCCCCUCGCCAAAUGCUGAUUUUAAUUGUCGCGCGUCCAACACCUUGACCAUUGGAAGAGCAGGAUCCUUGAAUCGGCCAACCCCUGAUUCCAUUAGGUCAUCGACGGUCAAACCCUCUUCGGUUACCACUCCGUCGAUUUCCACGUCACGAGCGGGAACGUAAACGCGGUACUCGAUCGUAAAUCUCUCGUCACAAGCAAUGGCGUUUGCUUCCUUCAAGCUACCAACAACAACGCGCAUUUUGUUCCGACUCAUCGGCUGGUAGCUGACUACGGAAGAGUACGAUCGGUCGAGGUCUCGGGAAAUCGAAAUGGUAUUAAGAGGUUUUGAUUUGGACCGGAAAUAGACUACCCAGGGUCCCGUCGAUUCAUUUUGGUAAACCCGACGGCGAGGGGCAGAUUUGGUCUCUUCAUUAUUACUUGAGGGAGAAGGGGUAACUUUCUGUAAUUUUACAGGAGUACAGUCUAAUUGUGGUGAGCUUGGGGUUGGUGAAGAAAUCUCGUUAUUUGAGGGGGAAGGGGUUUUGCCGAAUAUGAAGGGUUCCGGCGAAAUAGAUAAUGCACAGGGUUGGUGAGAAGGAGAGGGAAUAUCUUCGGUAUCUGAUAUAUACAUAGGUGUAUACGGAUGGUCCUCAUUUCCGAGGACUAGUUUCUCGGAAACAUUCCCUUCGGAAAGAUCCUCUCGAAAGGGGGGAUCCUUACCUGCCUCGCCGUCGUCAUCCAUUAACCAGUAUCUUUCCGAAUUAAUGGGCUCAAGCGAAGAACAAAACCAGAGAUUUGAUUAGAAGAUAAUAAAAAGUAAAAAGUGAAAAGGUAAAAAAUUAAAUAAAAUAAAAUAAAAAUAAAAACGAAAUCAAAAAAGGAAGAACGAAGCGAAAAAAAAAAACAAUAAAAAAAAACCGAUUUUUUUAUCGGAAAAAUACUUUUUUAAACCCGCCGUGUGUCGGUCUGCUGUCCAACCAAAACGUGGUGCAUGUAUUGUUUCCCCUUGCUGGCUGCAAGUGUGAACAACUGCCCAGCCUAUUGUCUUCUGUUGUGAGGACGAUCACUGAUUCAGCCAGUUGGAGUGAUGAAAACUUUCACUCGUCACUGAUUUCGAUAACGCGAACAAUCACUUUGUUACCUGGUAACGGCACUUCACUCCGGAUUUGUCCGGUAACAGAUUUAGAUGGCAACGAAACUAAUAUAUAUAGAACUUGUUUCGCGAUACACUAGCGGAAAAAACACUACCGUCUUCCUCGAGUGAUGCGAGACGAAUGAAGUUCUAUGUGUUCUGAAUCGUUAAACUUUAAGAGGUUUUCAAGCUGAGCCAGGUGGGUGUCGACUCCUUGACCGGCGCGGAACGCAUGCUGGCGAGAAGAAUUCUAUUGUGUACAUAAUUUUGGUUCUGUAACGGUGUGUGUCAACGGUUCAAGCUUAAUCUAUACGCCAAUAGCAUUUAGGAUUUUACCACAGACAACAGAUACCCAGACUGACCACUGAAGGCUGAUUUUGGCGCCCGUUCCGCAGCGCUAUCGACAGGUUAUCGUGAAACAAACGCGCACCUACAAGAAAGAAAAAAUCUUACACAAUCAUCACGAUCUUUAACACUGAGAUACAGUAAAUUAAGCAAUUUCACAUAAAACAUAGAACAUAAAAAUUCGCACAUUUUUCUCUCAGAACGCAAACUUGUAUCUGAAGAUUAUUAUUUUUAAAACUCAAGAAAAAAAAAUCUUCCAAAGUUUGUUAAUUUUCAAUACAAAUUCACACAUUGAAAGACCUCUACAGCUAAUAUAUUUCGCCUUUAUUUUGCAAUCUAGAUGAGGUCCUAAAAAUCCAGAUUUUCUUCUUCGCGGUGUCUUGAUUUUUGACAAAUCCACCUGGCAUCCCUGAUCAGACAAUGCGCGCAGGAAGCAUGCAAGAAGAAGAAUGUUGUUUAUUGAUCUUUCUUUUACGCAUUGAUUGUGGUUUCUACAAAAUAUAAGUUUAAGUCUUUAAUUGGGGUGGGUGCUUAGCUCAAUUGGCAAGCGCGUUUGGCUAGUAAGCCAGACUAUCAGGGUUCGAUUCCCACUACCCUCAACUUAGGUUAAGGAAAUUUUGUGAGUCUUCGGACAUAAAAGUAAACACAUAACACAUGUAUUUGUAAUACACACAGAACAAGAAGCAAGAAUUGUAAACUCUAAGGAGUAUAAAAAUUGUAAACUCUCCGGAGUAUAAAACGAAUACCGCUGGUCAAUAUAGUCUCAGUAACUGGACCAUUAACAGGAGCUUUGCCGAUAAAGCAGUUCCGAGUCGUGCUAAAAAUAGCAUCGGCGACUAGAAAAGAAGAAGAAGAAGAAGAAGUCUUUAAUUGAUUCCAGUUUUUCGGAAAAUGACGAUGGUUUGCGUAGUACCGACCUGUGGCGUGGAGCGAUUCAGUGGUCAUCGAAUGCGGAAGCUACCUCGACACCCGGAAUUGGCCCAUCGAUGGCUGCAGGCAAUUGAAAUCGGCUGUCAGCAGCAAAACAUUCCAUGGGAUCGUAAGAAUUGGAUUUCAGCGGAGAUUUGCGACGACCACUUCGAUGAAGACAAUCCCCUAUGCCCUUCCGGAGAGUAUCUUGAACCUUCACGAUUUCGCAACAGUUCAGGGGAUGCCUUAUCUGUAAAGUCAUGCCGAUUUUGCUUACAAUUUUAUCAGCAAAAUGAAGUGACAGAUCACAUGGAUUAUUAUAUGAAACUACGUUGUCCUGAGUUGAUCACUUUGAGGUCAAUCAACAAACUAAUAGCCUCGAGUAAAAACUUUUCCAGAUUUAUUUGUUUGGAAUGUGCUGCAAAACUUGACAUACUACAAUCGAUUCUUCUAUUUUUCGACCAUUCUUAUGAGUGUUUUGAAUCUCUGGAAGCAUCUCUCAACUUGAUGAAUCACGAUAGCAUCUUAAAAUCUGAGAUUGGAAACGGCUUCCCUGAAGACUCGAUUCUAGAAGAAGGCCGACAAUUGGAGCUAGAAUCCAGAGAAGUGAUAAUCAAAGAUGAAAUUCCAGAUGACGAAACAACCGACUUUAACCAGGGGAUAGGAUUUGCAAGUUAUGUAACGAUCAUCAAAGCCCAAAGUCUACCAUGUGUUGAAUCUACUUCUAGUUUUACAAACACCGGAGAUUUAGUUGAAAAUAAUCCAACAGCCACUGAAUCGUUUAACUGCUCGGAAUGUGGAAAAUAUUACUCAACAAAAGAUAAACUUAAACGGCACAAAUGGUACGCACAUAAAACAUCAGAGAAACCACGUCGAAUGUGGAUUUAUGAAUGUGAGUUAUGCAGAAAUGAGCAUAGGAAGCUAGCCGACUUAGAAAGUCAUAUAAAAAAGGAACACAAUGGAGAAGAUUAUCCUUAUUUAUCGUGCAAGGAUUGCACGAAAACAUUUUCCUGUCGAAAAAGUCUAUUUCGUCACAGUUCAUGCCACACAGAAAUGAAACAUCAAUGCGAUAUAUGCAAUGAAUUGUUUUGUUUUAGAUACAGAAUGCUUCUGCAUCGUAGACAGCAUACAAAUCAUACUGAACACGGCCUCCCUGAAGGCUCAAUUGUAGACUCGAAAGACAGACAAUCAGGGCUAGAAACCAGUGAAUUAAUGAUCAAAGAUGAGAUUCCAGAUGAAACAAACAACUUUGUUCAAAACGCAGAAAUUGCAAGUGAUGUAACGAUCAUCAAAACCGAAGGUUUACCAUCUGUUAAAUCUACAUCUGUAUUUAAAAACUACGGAAACACAGUUGAAAAUAAACCAACAGUCAAUGAAUCGUUCAGCUGCUCUGAAUGUUAUAGAUGUUUCCCAACAAAAGAUAAACUUAAACGGCACAGAUGGUACAAACAUUCAACAACAAAGGCGCCCCGUCAGACGUUGAUUUAUGAAUGUGAAUUAUGCAAAACUAAGCAUAUGAGGCUAUCCGACUUGAACAGUCAUAUAAAGCAGGACCACACUGGAGAAGAGUAUCCUUAUUUGUCGUGCAAGGAUUGUACGAAAACGUUUUCCUGCCAAAUAAGUCUAGUUCGUCACAGCUCAUGCCAAACAGACACAGGAAAACUUCCUUUCAAAUGUCAGAUCUGCGGGAAAGGCUUCGCAAGGAACGCAAAUUUACGUUCCCAUAUAGUGCUGCAUAAUAACGAACGAAACUUUAAGUGUGAUAUUUGUCAUGAAACAUUCAACACUAAAGGCGUGUUGAAAAUCCAUCUCGAACGACACUCGGACGAGCGUAAGUUCGUUUGUAAUUUGUGCGGCAAAGCCUUGAAAUCGAAAAGCUCUUUGCUGGUGCACAUCAAGAGACACACGAAUGAACGCAAAUUUGAAUGCGAAGAUUGUGGGAAAAAAUACAAAACAAAGGAUUGUGUGAAAAAUCAUCGCCGAAUAUCAUGUAGGCCCGUCUCAGCUUUUCAGCUAUAAAAGUCCACAGGAGUGUCUCAUCGUAAGUCUUUCGACAUUUAAAAAUUUAAAGUGUUUGAAAAUCGAUGUAGAAUAUUCUUUUGGGGAUUUGUAAAUCUAUUUAAUUCCUAACAAAUCACUUUGGAAAGAUUUGAAUUCAUUAGAAAGAAACUUCCCUCGCUAAUUUAUCGAUAUUUUUCGCAUACUCACUGAGCUGGGGUAAAGAGGAAAAAGUCGGU